UGCAUGGUGGCUCAGCUCCUCACCUCUGGAGAGUACAAAUACACACAUAUCACGUUCGACAUACUGGUGCUUUGCUCAACAGUUCUCUUAUCACCGUGAUCUUUGCUGGAUAACCAAACUAUUCAUAUUACGAUGAGGGUCCUCUGCUGCUGCACUGCUUUCCUGCUGCUCAUCCUAAUUCCCAAAGCCUGUGAAGGAGGCAACAUCUUGGUCUAUCCUUCUGAAGGCAGCCACUGGAUAAACAUGGAAAUUCUACUAAAGGCUUUGCACUCUAGAGGACACAAUAUCACCAUUCUGCGUUCUAGUAAAAGCUGGUACAUAAAAGAUAACUCAUCUUAUUACAUCAGUGUAUCAGUGGAUGUUGAUGGUGGUGGAAAUGAAGAUUUUUUUCGUGCAUUUGUCUCUGAGGUUAUUAAAAUUAAGCGAAGCAUGGGGUCUACAUGGUCUCACUUUGCUUUACAAAUGGAGUUAAAAGACAAAUUCCAUGAACUGCACAAAAAAGUCUGUGAAGUGAUUGUGUUCAUCUUUGAAAAUGAAGAUUUAAUGAGGUCCUUAAAAGAUGCCAAGUAUGAUGUGGUUUUGACAGAUCCUGCUAAUGGCGGAGGAGUGUUGCUGGCACAUUACCUUGGCGUGCCAUUGGUGUUCAAUGCUCGAUGGACUGUUCAUGGUGAGGCCCACUUUGCUAUUGCGCCCUCUCCACUUUCCUAUGUUCCACUAUCACCUUCAGAGUUAACGGAUCACAUGACCUUCUUUGGGAGGGUCCAGAACAUGUUAUUUUACAUCACGAGAAUGCAUCUGUACAAGCAAAUAGUUGAACCACAUUAUUCUGUAUUGUCAAAUCGCUACAUCGGACCAGGUGUGCAUUAUUUCUCCCUUUUUCAAGCUGCAGAUUUGUGGCUAAUGAGAGUGGACUUUGUUUUUGAGUUUCCACGACCCACCAUGCCUAAUGUUGUUUAUAUGGGAGGUUUCCAGUGUAAACCUGCAAAACCUCUUCCACAACACUUAGAGGAGUUUGUGCAGAGUUCUGGAGAUCACGGAGUUAUCAUUAUGUCACUAGGGUCUUUGAUUGGAGAACUUCCCUCUGACUUAGCUGAAGAGAUUGCUGCAGCUUUUGGCGAGUUACCUCAGAAAGUGAUCUGGAGGUAUAAAGGUAACAAACCAGCCCUUCUAGGCAACAAUACAUUACUAGUCGACUGGAUGCCACAGAAUGACCUGCUAGGACAUCCAAGUAUUAAACUAUUUGUAAGUCAUGGAGGAACUAAUGGGAUUUAUGAGGCUAUAUAUCAUGGGAUUCCAAUAGUUGGCAUUCCCAUUAUUUUUGAUCAAGCUGACAACUUAUCCCGAAUGAGAGCAAAAGGUGUUGCGAAGGUUUUGGAUGUUUCAGAUUUGGACAGGAAAAUAUUUAAAAAUGCAAUACAGGAAGUCCUUAAUGAACCAUCCUACACAAUAAACAUGCAGAGGCUCUCCAGGCUACACAGAGAUCAGCCAAUGAAGCCACUGGAUCGUGCUAUCUUUUGGAUUGAGUUUGUCAUGAGACAUAAAGGUGCAGCUCAUCUAAGGACUGAGUCCUACAAACUGCCCUGGUAUUUCUACUACUCUCUAGAUGUCAUAUUAUUUUUACUAACAAGUGCACUACUUACAUUGUUUUUUUUUGUCAUGUUACUAUGGUUUUGCUUUAGAUUGUGUUUGAAAAGAAAAGCAAAAUCUGACUAA